AUGUCGCUCCUCGUUCUCCCGAGCGAGCUACUGCUGCAGGUGAUGGGACUGCUUCGCGAAUCCGGCCAUGUUCAGAGUCUCCAGUUCCUUGCACAUACCUGCAAGAGGCUCCGUGGACCUGCCGAGGCCUGUCUAUAUUCCGUGGCGAUGUUCACCACGCUGUCGUCCCUACGUCUAUUCUUAAAUAACACCCGCGCAGAGCCUCGGCGCAACGUUUACCUGCGGGACUUGAGGCUGUUAUACUCUACUGAGCAAUAUGACCAUGACCAACCGCCCGAGCCUCCGGACCUUACCUCGUUCCCCAGCUUAACGACCUUCGUCUCCGAAAGUCCCGAGUGCCAGCCGUGGUCGGUGAGGCCGUCCCAUUGGAAUGUGUUCAUGGAUUCCUAUAUCCGGGCAUUCGAGCAGGGUUCUCUGCUCAACGAGCCCGUGGGAUUGCCAAGGCCUCUUUCGAGCCUGAAAUCGUUGACUUUGCACUGGACCGGGAUUGGUAAGCGGUAUUGGACAAUAACGGCGGCCUGCCCAAUAUUCCUGCUCCCCCGACUUCAGUCGCUUGAGAUUUCGUGCGCCAGGAUCGAGCACAUCGGCCCGAUCGACACAGGUCGCUUUCAUCGUCAAACCCAGCUGGAGUCCCUCACCUUCACCGAGUGCACCGUAUCCACCGAAGCUCUGCACGCAGUCCUCUCCUUCCCGGCUGCGCUUCGAGAUUUCGCCCUCUGCGAAACCUUCUAUCACCCUGUCGAGCCUGGCGACCGCUUCGCUGUCAACGACGUGGACGCGCUCAACCGUGCCAUUGCUCAGCAGUCCGGCAGUCUAGAGCGCCUCCAGAUCCACUUCCACGCUCAAUACUUGAGACAUGGGGGAACAUUACCUCUAUCCCUCUCCGAUUUCACGGUUCUAUCGCAUCUCCAGAUUGGUCCGUUCAUUCGAGUACCGACGAACGGGACCCACGCCUCCGAUUACGUUUUGAAGGCUCCCGCCCCGCCCCGCCUGACCUCACUACGCCUUGACAAUUAUGGCAUUGUCAUGUUGAGGGAGCAUCGCGUGGAUGAGAUCCUCUCAGGACUAUCGAUCGGUGAACUCCUCGCCAACUCCGAGGCCCGUGGUCAGUCUUUUGAGCUGAGUAUCUCGCUUGAACGCUUUCCCCCACUCCUACGACGGAUUCGCUUUAAUAGUCGGAACACACGACCGGUGAUGCGUAGGCUUGUCGAGAGACUUGCCUCUCUGUUCCAGAGGUACCAAGAGGCCUCGAUCCAAUCGAGGCCCGAGUCAACCCUCGAUGGACCGACCCCCCACCGGGCCUCUUCUCGCCUACGUAUCCUUACUCACAAGCACCGGAAAAUGAUUCCCCCGUUUCUACAUAACGAAGGCCCCCCCCGAUUCGUUGUACGGUACGAUUCUUGGAAUCCACAGGGUUUUGUUCACGACCCUUAUCCUCUCGACAUUGUUCCUUUGAACAGGGAGAUAAGCAGUGACGACGAGAGCAUGGAUGUAGCUUUUAGUGAAGCUGGUGAUGUCGAGUCCGACUAUCUGGUGUGAGAUGGAGACAUCUAUUAUACGUGGUGUAUGCUCUCCUAGGUUCUUUGAAGCUUAAAGUCUAAUGGAUAUUGUGGAGUUCACCGGGCUAGCCUUUGCAUGCCUCCCUGGCUAUUUCUGAAGGGUUGCCGCGUAUUAACAAAGCCUCCUUCUUUCCUUCCACUACGGAACCGCAUCCUAUCCGGUUCCUUCGCUGCUAGUACCAGAUGCGUGGAGCUAAUAUAUUAGGUA